UCCACCGGCGCGCGCCUCAGCACGCCGCGCGGCCGCCGCCUCUACGUGAAGGUGCCCGCCCCCGAGGGGCAGCGCGUGUCCGCCUUCAGCUCGGCGGAGCUCUUCCACAACGAGGCGCAGGUGUACCGCCUCGCGCUGCCCGCCUUCGCCAGGCUCGGCGCCUUCACUGCCGCUCCCAGGUGCCUGGCGGCUGACGGCGCUGCCAUCGUGCUGGAGGAUUUGUCUGCGCGCGGCUUCGCUGUGCCCUGCCGCUACCGCGGCCUGGGAUUGGACCAGCUGCGACUCCUCGUCCACCAGUUGGGCCGCUUUCAGGCAGCUUCACUCGCUGUUCGCACCCUGGAUCCAGCAACAUAUUCACUUAUGCAGCAGAACAUACGGGAAGUGAUUUACACUGACAAAUUUCUUCAGCUGUAUGCUCCUGUGUUAGAAUUUGCUGCUAGAGACGCUGUGCAGAUGGUGAGAAAAGCAUAUCAGAACAACGGCGUAUACCUCCAGAAACUGUUAGAAUUCGCGCCGUCAGUGGUGGAACGCAUGAAAUCUUUUAUCACCCAAAGCACCGGCGACUUCGUGGUGCUCACCCAUGGAGACAUUUGGGCGAGCAACCUGCUGUUCCGAUAUUCGUGCAGUAGUAACGGCGUGCAGGUCCCGGAAGAAGUCUGCAUCGUUGAUUACCAGACGUGCAGGUGGGCGCCGAUGGGCCUGGACGUGGCGUACGCGCUGCUGACGACACCGUCGCGGCAGCUGUCGGCCGGCGAGUGGUCUGAGCUGGUGGGCGAGUGGGAGCGCGGCCUGCAGGCCGGCCUGGCCCCGCUGGGGCUGUCAGCCUUGGCGCCCGCGCGGCCCGCGCUCGACGCGCUGCUUGCCGCCGCCGCGCCCUACGUGCUGGGCGCCGGCCUGCUCAACGUCGUGCUCACCCUGGACGAGGGUGGCGGGGGCGGCGGCGCUGACAGGCAGCCGGCCGACGAGGGUGACGCCCUGGCAGAGUUCGUGCGCGGCCUGCAGGCGCCCUUCACCAGGAAGACGCCCAACUGCCAGCAGAGGGUCCUCGACCUCAUUGUCAACGUCAUCGAUAAGGGCUUCCUAUAG